UUCAGGGAACGACUGCCUGCAAAAUAUCCUGUACAACGGGACCCAUCAGGAUGGGAACUCGCAGCACGUAAAUCAUGAGAUAACAACGACCGCUAAAAGCUUAUCUAGAAUUUUCCUUUAUGAUUCUCAAACAACCAUCCAAAAAGAUGAAAACCUAACAUCAGAAGAGGCUAAACCUACAAUAAAACAUGAGACAAAUGCAAGCUAUAUUUGUAUUUCUUUUAAUAGUGUAGCCAUCGAGCUUGGUGGUCCCUUGUAAGGAACAAGUCUAGGCCCCACUGAUGUGAGCUUUUCCUACCAAACUCAAAGCUAAGGCAAAGAGUUAAAAAUUCCAAAACUUGUAUUCAAACCCUUUAGUGGAAGCAUCCGGUUUUAUCUCAAUAACAGGCAUUGCAGGUUUACAUUUGAAUGCAUGCUCUCAUCUGACAUACUGAUUUUCAUGGCAAGUUCCCCUAUCUUAGCAUAUGUGGACACAUAGCUUAGGAAAGAGCAGCCAACGGUAGCUUUUUCCAUCGACUGCUAAAAUGUGCCAUCUGCUAUGUUUUGUUUAAUAAGCCUCCCUUCCCUUCAUGGUGAUGCAUUUAUCAAGAUGUUUGACAUAAACCUAACCACCCAUAUAAUCUUGUCAACUGUUUCUUGUGUUCAGCUUUGACAAAAAUGGGACUUCUCCCAUGUCACUUGUCUUGCCACAGAGAUGAUGAAUCUCAAUCAGGGUCCAAUCAUCUUCAUUCAGAAUCAUCAAACUCUUCCAUCUCCUCUCCAUCAAGUCUACAGUCUGUUCCCUCCCUUACUCCAGUUUCGCAACAUGAUCAAACCCCAACCAUCCACCAUAAGUGCAUAGCCACCCUUAAAGUUAACUCCUAUGUAUUCUCCCUCGCUCUUGCCAGGAAAGUCCUUUAUAGUGGCUCUUCAAACGGUGAGAUACGAGCGUGGAGCCAGGAUUUUUCUGAGCAAGAUAAUCCAACUGAUAACAUUGUAGCUACUAGCAACACCGCAGUUAAGUCCCUAGUGGUUUUAGGGGAUAAGCUUUUCAGUGCUCACCAAGAUAACAAAGUCCGCAUAUGGAAAAUUCAUAAUCACUUACAGCAGAAAUACAAAUGCAUAGCCACUCUCCCAACAUUGAAUGAUCGCUUCCUAAGGUGCUUCUCAAAAAAGAAUUAUGUUCAAGUUCGGCGUCACAGAAAAAGCAUAUGGGUACAUCAUGUUGAUGCUGUAUCUGCACUGGCAAUAUCAAUAGAUUGCUCUCUUCUUUAUUCUGCCUCAUGGGAUCGAACAUUCAAAGUUUGGCGGACAUCUGAUUUCAAGUGUUUGGAGUCUGUACAAAAUGCACAUGAUGACGCCAUUAAUGCCAUAGUAUUGGCUAAAGAUGGCUUUGUUUAUACAGGUUCAGCAGACAAGACAUUUAAGGUAUGGAAGAAGCAUGCAGGAGAAAAUAAACAUUUGCUGCUAGCAACACUGGAGAAACACAAAUCAGCUGUUAAUGCUUUAGCUCUUAAUAAUGAUGGGACUGUACUUUAUUCUGGUGCAUGUGAUCGAUCCAUUCUUGUUUGGGAAAGAGAAUGCAGUGCCAAGGGCGGUGGUAAUAGGCACAUGGUUUUGGUGGGUGCACUUAAAGGGCAUACCAAGGCUAUAUUGUGCUUGGCAGUUGUGAUGGAUUUGAUAUGCAGUGGAUCAGCUGAUAAAACAGUUAGGAUUUGGAGGAGAGGAACUGACAAAAGCUAUUCUUGCUUGGCAGUUUUGGAAGGGCACAGAAGGCCAGUUAAAUGCUUGACGGCAGCUGUUGAUGGUAAUACUAAUACUGCAGGUGCUUCUGAACCUGGUACUACUUACAUGGUUUGCAGUGGGAGUUUGGACUAUGAUAUUAAAGUCUGGCAAGUAUGGGCUCCACUUUUCUGAUCCUUUUCUUUGUGAUUUUAUAAAUUGGGUUUUUCUGGCAUGUACAAGACUUAGUAGCUUCAGGAAAAUUAGGAAUUGAAUUGUAUUAACAUUUGUGGUUUUACUGAAAUAUAUAGAUAGUGUUCUAUUUUGAAUUUGAUUUCAGAUGCGAGAUCCAUUAAUUGGAUCAAAUGAGUUGAUGUUUCUGCAAUGUAUCCCAUAGCAUAGAAGCUAUUAAGAAAUAUUCUCUAAAAUUCCAGAGUUUGAUCAUUUCUGAAAAAUGAAAACAACGCUAGUAUGCUUAGGCUAACAUGCACAAAAUAUACCCAAAAUUUAAUAAGAAAAUUCAAAGUUUAUCAACUUUAUUAAAACCAAAGCAUUGAUGUUGGAAAUUGCUGCUGCAAGUGUUUCAACUUUCUUUAGCAUCAUGUGACAGGAGACCUAACAGCAUUUAAAGGGGUUUCAUACAGAAAAGACAAUCAAUGCAUAGAAAAGGAAAAAUCUGACCUUCCCUUCAUCUUUUACAGUAAGAAGCAUUUAAUUAUCUUCUCAACGAUUUGUAUGCUUCAUGAGUUGC